GUAACAAGAAAUACAAUGCGGCAGUAGACUGGUGGUCAUUAGGGAUAAUACUCAGUGAAAUGGCCACUGGAAGAUCCCCAUUUGAUGACCACUACCACCAACAGGAUGUGAGAAGUUCCAUCCUCACUGAGAAGCCGGUGUUUCCUGAGGGGAUGAGCACAACAUUGCAAGAUCUCCUGCAGAAGCUUCUGAAGAAACAGCCGCACAAACGUCUUGGGGUGAAUGGAAAUAUAAGGGAACAUUCACUCUAUAGGAAAACUAAUUGGGAAGACGUUGAAAGGCAAAGGAUUUCACCACCAAUUAGAUUUGAAGCUGAUUGCUGUGACUUUAUAAGUGCCGACCUGCCAUUCCUGAAUGGCAACACCGCUGUGGAUUCAGAUGACUGCAUUCUCGAAUGCUUUACAUUUGUGAAUCCCAGCUGGCAGGAGUAAGUAAGUAUGUGCUGCCACGACUUGGCUACUGACAUCUAGCUGGUCAUUCACCUGGCACCUUUAAGUCAUUCAGCACACUGGCUAGCUUCUCAACCAUUUUGUCUGCCCUUACCACCCUCUGAGUUGUCCACUUGCUCACCAGAAAUUUACCAACACCUACUCAAGCCCGUCUUUAGCAUGGCAUGGUACCUGAUGCACUUAAUCAUUCAAAUGCAUUUUUUAUCUGUGUCCAUCAAAGUCUACAUCACAUGACCAUACAAAGUGGCUUUAUCUCUGCCACUACUAUCUGCAAAAGUGACUGGACCACUAAGGAUAUUUGCCCCAUGGUUACACACAUGUCCAUACCACUGCCUGCCCCUCUAGACCAUGCUGCCGCUUGUUCCUACUGACGGGAUCACUGCCUGCUUGAUCCUACCUGUUCCAUCUAGCGAUAUCACUGCCUUUUUCAUUAGACUUUACCUGGUCCACCUGGUUCUACCAUCAUUGGCCUUACCACCAAAAACAGCACCUUAUUUAAAAAUCACUAUUUUUGCUGAUUAAACUUUCUGUGCAGUUGUCCCCACUUCUGA